AUCGUUAUCGAUAGGGCGACGACAGCCUGCGGUAUUUUGGUUUUUCCGCCAGCCCUGGCCGCAAACUGGCCACACUGUCGCCAGCCAGUCAUCAUAAAUACGAACAGAUUGGAAAACUUACAAGAAUUGCGUAUUAUCUGUGGCAUUACGAGAUCGUACUUUCUAAAAACUAAAACUAGCUUACCGUAACCCCCGUCACAAGCAAACAUGUCGUACGCGUACUUGUUCAAAUACAUCAUUAUCGGAGACACAGGCGUGGGCAAGUCCUGUCUGCUGCUCCAGUUCACGGAUAAGCGAUUCCAGCCGGUGCACGACCUGACCAUUGGCGUGGAGUUCGGAGCACGCAUGAUCACCAUCGACGGGAAGCAGAUCAAGCUGCAAAUCUGGGACACGGCUGGCCAGGAGGCUUUCAGAUCUAUCACACGUUCUUAUUACCGCGGAGCUGCUGGCGCCUUGCUGGUGUACGACAUCACACGACGGGAGACCUUCAACCACCUGACCACCUGGCUUGAGGAUGCGCGUCAGCACUCAAACUCGAACAUGGUCAUCAUGCUGAUAGGCAACAAGAGCGAUUUGGAUUCGCGGCGUGAGGUGAAGAAAGAGGAGGGCGAGGCCUUCGCCCGCGAGCACGGACUGGUCUUCAUGGAGACUUCUGCGCGCACAGCUGCCAACGUAGAGGAGGCUUUCAUCAAUACGGCCAAAGAGAUUUACGAGAAGAUCCAGGAAGGUGUCUUCGACAUCAACAAUGAGGCAAACGGCAUUAAGAUCGGCCAACAGCACUCGCCCACAAACCCGUCGCUGCCAGGAGCCGGAGGAGCAGCUGGAGCAGCAAACAGUGGCUGCUGCUAGGAGUAAACCGCAGAUGCCCGCUUGCAAUUCUGGGAUAGGCGCAGCCGCUUCUGUAAAAGCUACUUUAGUGACUAACUAAUAGAAGGUAGUUGAAGGAACAGAUUUCUUGUUUUCUAUCUCAACCGUAACUAACCACGUAAACAUAGCUACCACUAAACUAGCAAUUGGACACUAAGCUAAAUGUUAAAACCAUUAAGAUCAGACAGUUACAAGAAACACAUCUCCUUGUUCAGCUACGUUUUAAUUUACCAAAAGAAACCAAAAGGAAGAAAAAACCAGAAAUAAACCAAAACCAACCACAUUUGUGUACGUGAAUGUCGUGCGUGAUUCUAAAUUUUAUAAAGUUUAUUAAAACAUUUUUAAAUGUUUUAUGCAUGUAUUUUGUGUAUAUUGAAGUUAGUUUGCUAGUUACUUCGUGUAAAAUCGAUAGUUAUACAUUGGGAUUUUGACAAAAUGAUGUGUAAUAUAUGAACAAAAAUCAAACUGUGUGAAUUUUCAUUGUGAUUUGAUUUCAGUGAGGUCCAGCCUCUUAACGCUGCGCCACGCCCCUUUUUGCAAUGGGUAUCUGCUCCGCUUCUCUAUACAUACAUACAUACAUAAUUAAAUAUAUUAAUAUGUUUACGUUUCCUUCUCAACGCAUUUGCUUUGUCUAUUUUGUUGUGCAAUCCGCUUAGUCUUUAUACAUACACUAGAAAAAAAAAGUACUUUAACAAAAUAUACAAAACAUGAGGGCCGAAAUGGGGUUAUAUAAUUUACACAAUCAACAUGCAUUAACAGUGGUAACUCGAAAUGCUGCGAUUCAAUGAUCAAUUUAGUAUUUUACGAAGUUUAUAUAUUUAAUUAACGGCGAUUGCUAAGACAAAACGAAAGAUACAACUGUAAACGUAAAUCAAAUUAUUUAUAAUAUUUGUAUUUGCCCAACACAAUGCGGAAUAAUAAAUAUACAUACUUAUUAUUAAUAUAAAUAUAUAAAUUGAAUCGGUACUUACCAUGGGCUUAUUAAUCAAGUGAAAGUUAACGACUAAUUCGUUUAGUUUUUUGGUGUCUAGAGAAUGUCGAGGUGCCAGUAUUGCGCCUUAGUAAACCUCUAUUGUGUAAUAAUUAAACACUAUUGUUUAAAUGCAAUUUAAUGAAAAGAGGUCCCACAAACAAUUACGCAUUAGUUUAGUUUAAACCCUUUUUUAUUUAGUAAGAGGCUUUCGGUAGAUAAUUGUUUAAUUAAUGUCUUGUAAAUAUUAUAGAAUGGUGAAUCCUUUUUUGUUUAUGUACAUAUUUGCUAAAGUGUUCUGAAUCAACAAUUUCCAGUUUCUAUGUCGGCUAUAGGGCUAUAGUGUCGCAUUUACUUAAUUUUUUAAAUGUGCUUAUAUGUUAAAACAUUUUUUUUACUACGGAAAUAUACUAUUAGAAAUAUUUUUGUAUUUUUUUAAUAAUACUUGAACUUUUAAGAUAUUACAUAGGGUGUUUUUUAUUUUCUGAAUCUUAUCUGUGUUUUGUCUAAGAAAAAGUUUGCCAAAUUGCAAAAACAGGUUUUUCGCUCCAACAUUAACUAUUUUGUAUACCCUAAUUUGCUCAGUUGAUUUUUUUAAUUUGAAACUUUUCGGAUCCGUGACGUCUGAUGUACAAACAAAUGCUCCAAAGAUUUUAUUGUGAGUUUUAGAUUGAUUGAAAAUGGUCGCUUGUUAUUGCAUACGUUACAUAGAUUGUUGUUUAUUGUAUUCCCUUUAAUUAAUAUUCGUACGAAAUGUAAGGCAAUUAAAACUAUUUUUCUAAAUUUUGUAAAGAAGACAAUUGAGGGACCCGUUUGCACCUGGCAGUGAUGCACUGCAUUGAUAUUGAUUGAAAUUGAACAGUUUGUCUAGACAUGAGUACAAGAUGCGGUUAGUAAUUGCCCUAGUGCGGUAAGUAUAUGUUAGGUGUAUAUUGAUACUUAGCUACGAUUAGUCAAGUCAAGUAUAGUCUUACGGGCUAGAGCUUAGGAAUAGGCUUAGUUUCAGUUACAAUUCUGCUCUGAUUUUAUGGCUGCAACACCAUUUGACAUAAGAAACUCGUUAACAUUUAAUGCUAGUCCAUUAUUAUGCUACAGUUCGGAUUGGUAGUACCUCCAGUUGCCUUCUACUUGCGGCGUUCAACAGUGCAAUGUAAGUAACCUAGUGUAAAAGUUGAGCUUUUUUAGUCUCUAAGACAUCACUAUCACUCUCCUUAGGUGCUUUCUUCUCACAGAACUCGAUCAGAUACGAACAGACACCGGAGAGUGCGAUAAAUAUUCCAGCAUAAUAGAAGGUGUCAUCCCAUCUGAAAGAGGACAAAGCGAGGUCAGACGACCCGUGCACAGACUGCAGAAUGCCACAAAACUCACCUGCCCGUAUACUCGUAUAUGACGCCUGCAAUAGGGGGUCCUGCGAUCAUUCCUACUCCCUGAACCAGCAGCACCAGACCGUAGGCACACGUGAAAUCGUCCAGAUCCACAAUACUGACCAGAAUGCUGGGCGUAAACGAAAAAGAGCUGGCGAACGUAAAUCCGAAAAUAACGCACAUGGCCAUCAGGCCCAUGUAGUUGGUAAUCAGCAGGGGCAUGAAGAACACUGAAGCUCCACAGACUGAAAAAUAUGUCGUUGAUAAAUUGAAAAUGUGACAUAGUCCAACCAACUCACCCAGCAUGCACAGCGAGUAGCAUAUGUUGAUGUUCAUCCAGGGCAGAUCCCCCAGAUAGCCAAGUCCUAUCAUGCCCACCGUUUGGGCAAUGCCGACAUCCGAAAUCAACUCGGCACUCUGGCUCACGUCGUACUUGUAUUGCUUCAUGUAAUCGGGAAGGUACAGAUAGGGGAUAAUGAACC